ACCCAAGUCUGGACACCAUGGCUUGCUGUGUCCCCUGCUGCUGCAGCGUCCCCACCGGCCCCGCCACCACCAUCUGCUCUUCUGACAAAUGCUGCCGCUGUGGAGUCUGCCUGCCCAGCACCUGCCCGCACGACAUCAGCCUCCUUCAGCCCACCUGCUGUGACACCUGCCCCCCACCCUGCUGUAUGCCUGACACCUACGUGCCAACUUGCUGGCUGCUCAACUCUUGCCACCCGACUCCCGGGCUGUGUGGGAUCAACCUGACGACCUACGUUCAGUCCUGCUGUGAGAGUCCCUGUGAGCCCUGCUGUUAAGCAGCCAGGUCUCUG